UGGCAAAUGGCGUGUCGCGGUUAUACACAUGUAAUGUAUAAUUUGUGCAUUUUGUUUGCAGCAAAUUGAAGAUCACAAACAUAAACUGGGGGUUCAAAAUCUCUCGAGUCACAAGUACACGUAUUUCCUAAACACCAGAACCCUAAAAAUUAACGAUGUUACGUUUUCCCUGGGAUGUAAUCGUGUUUUUUAGUACAGCUGUCGUAGGAUUUCUUCUGUAUGUCGUAUUCACACGUCCUCGCGAGGCUUACAAAGGUUAUAAAAAAAUAUCAAGAACAUUCAAAGAUUCUAGCCUAUCGAUAGCUCUGGGACUUAAAGAAGACUUCCACGCCAUUCAAGAUAAGUUUUUCUCGGUCUUAGAAGUUUCUAAAGCCAUAAAAACAGCAGGACUUGAAACAAGUAAUUUAAUCAUUGGAGUGGACUUUACAGCGAGUAACGAAUGGCAAGGGAGGAAGAGCUUCCAUGGCAGAUCUCUACAUCAUAUUUUCAAGAACUCAUCCAAGAAGUUAAACUCGUAUCAAACUGUAAUAAAAACUAUAGGGAAAACCUUAGAACCUUUUGAUGAAGAUAAUCUAAUCCCAGUAUAUGGAUUUGGAGACGUAAAGACCAAAGACCAAAGUGUGUUCAACUUCAACUCGAAUGAUCAGCCAUGCAAGGGUUUGGAUAGCGUCCUGGAAGCGUAUAACGAAGUCGUACGAAAAGUUUCCCUCAGUGGACCGACAAGUUUUGCACCAAUCAUCGAAAAGGCUAUCGAAAUUGUAAGCAAAGACAGAACCUAUUAUAUACUAGUAAUAAUUGCAGACGGACAGGUCGUGGAAGACCAGGACCUCAAGACUAGAGAAGCCAUCGUAAAGGCAUCGAACUACCCGAUUUCUAUCUUAGUUGUUGGAGUCGGGGAUGGCCCUUGGGAUCGAAUGCAUGAAUACGACGAACUUUUAUCCGAAAGAAAGUUCGAUAAUUUUCAGUUUAUUGAGUUUAAUGAUAUUGUUGCAAACGCUAAAUACCCCGAUGCUGCUUUUGCCCUCCACGCCUUAAUGGAAAUACCAGACCAGUACCAAGCUAUCAAAAAUCUAGGACUUCUGAGAGAAAUUUCUGAGAACAAACAAAAUGACACCUAAAUUGGAAUCUGUAUUGAGUAUUCGUGUUGGUUUGGUUGGUGUAGAUAACUUAUCAAGAUACACAUGAAUAAUUUAUAUCUUCAUGUGUGUCAUCGUCUCCCAGGAGAUAGAAAAAAGUAUACCAUUCUUAUCAGAUGGUUUAAAAUCAAAAAGAAGAUUAAACAGGAAUAAUGAAAGCGUUUGGUAAACUAGAAUGUUUAUUACAUGGAAAAUACAUGUACUCAAAACUAUAAAUGGAAUAAUUAGGCCUAUUACCAAUGCAGAAUCCUUGGAAACAAUAGGCCAGGCACUUAAAAACUGAGUGUAACUGUACAUUUAUAUGAUUCGUGAAACAAUUUUCCCAAAGGGGCCAAGAUUCAAGGGGGUUAAAUGAGAGUUAAGAUAGAGGCAAGGGGCUGGGGAGGCAUAACACUUGACAUUAGAUUUUUGGCCUUAGUAACAUUAAACUGUAAAAAAAUGGACCCAUAACACUUAACAAAACCCCAUCUACACCCUCUAAAUAACAUGAAUUGUGAGUGUUUCAAUUUGAUUACUUUUUUUGGGGUGAAAAAUAUUAUGCAAUUAUAAUUGGACAAGGUUGAGCAAAAAAUAUAUUGAUUUUUAAUCAGUUAUUUCAUAAUUUAAUAGUGAUCUAGUAGUCGUAUAGACCUCUUGCAUGCAAUGUCAAAGCAGCUCAAUUUGGAUGACAAAACCAGAGAAUUUCAAUCCCAUGAGAAUUGGAAACUUAUCAUCAUUGUUCUCCGAAUUGAGCUACUGCAAGGUCUAUACUUGUAGAAUUGCACAAGCUCAAAAUAUGUUUCUUAAAUAUACUAGUAAGUUCUUCAGUGGAAAAUCACAGGCAGCCCAAUCUCGGUUUUUUCUGUAUGUAUAUUGCUAAAACUCGAUAUUUAUGAAUCAUUAUUUAUUAGUAAUAAAAUCGUUCAGUAGA